AGCAUGCGCGAGUGUGUUUAUGCUGAUCCCCGUGGACUACAGUUCCCGUGAUGCUACGCGGCGCACCGUGACAGAUGGGGUCAGGAUGAAUUCUGCGAGCUGUGCUGCUGCCAUCACAGCGUUUUGAUCUCAGGUUUACCUUUUAUACUCUCCCAAGCAACAUCAUGGCCGACACAAAACCACUUCACCAAAAAAGAUUUGAAGCGGCUGUGAGCGUGAUCCAAAGCUUGCCCAAGAAUGGCUCAUUUCAACCAUCCAAUGAAAUGAUGCUGAAAUUCUACAGCUUUUACAAACAAGCAACACAAGGACCAUGCAAUAUACCGAGGCCUGCAUUUUGGGAUCCUGUUGGCCGAUACAAAUGGGAUGCCUGGAAUUCUUUGGGUGACAUGACAAAGGAAGACGCCAUGGUUGCUUAUGUUGACGAAAUGAAAAAGAUUCUUGAGAGCAUGCCAAUGACGGAGAAAGUGGAAGAAUUACUUCAAGUCAUAGGUCCGUUUUAUGAAAUAGUGGAAGACAAAAAACAUGGGCGAGGAUCUGGUGUAACGUCAGUACGACUGGAUAAAGUUGCUAAGUCUUUAGAAGAGCUGAGCACUGCUCUCACCUCCACCCCAAACUGUAAAGCUGUGAAUGGGAAGGCAGAGAGCAGUGACAGUGGAGCGGAGUCUGAGGAAGAAAAUACGGGGAGACGGGAAGAGGAGGAGGAGGAGGAAGAUGAUGAUGAUGAAGGAGAAACAGAACAAAGCGAGCAAGAGGAGAAGACUGGGAUGCCGGAUUCUGCCCCGGAGCCGUGCCCAGGCGGGACAGUGGCCAACGGUUUACUCAUCAAUCACAGUUACUAUAUUCCAGACAUUCCCAAUCACUCGCCAACCAAGUCUGAUCUUAACAAGAUGGAGGAGGAGGUGACUGGAAAGCAGCACAACACAGAGGAUGGAGGAUCUAAUGAUGUCGAUGGAAAGAAAGACAAUGAUUGCACAGAGGAUGUUGCUGCAAUGCAGCACUUGACGAGUGACUCAGACAGCGAGAUCUUCUGUGACUCGAUGGAGCAGUUUGGCCAAGAAGAUGUAGAUCACAGUCAGCUGAUAGAAGAAGCCAUGUUGACUGAGGGCUCCUCGGAUGUGUGGGCUGGAGGAGAGGUAAAAGAUGGUGGAGAAGAUGGGAAAGCAUCUGGCCGAACACCACAAAAGGAAAAAUCUGGCCAAGACAAGGCUGAGUACUACAGUUCAAGGAGAGGAAGAGCAAAUCGUAUGCAUCCUGUUGGAGAAGGAUCCCGAGGGGGACAGAUGGGAAACGGUGGGGAUGGAGGGGACCGCAGAGGAUCAGACAGAGGACCAAACAGCAGCCUCAAUGAGCACAUUGCUGUUGUACUUACACGAUUACAGGAGGACAUGCAGAAUGUUCUGCAGAGGCUGCAGACACUGGAGGCCCUCACCGCCUCGCAGGCAAGAUCGAUUCAGCUUGAAUCUAAUUUUCAACAGCUUUCUAACCAGAAGCCAUCGUGGUGGCCCUUCAAGAUUUCAUCUGGAACGUUGGCAUUUGCGAUAGUCUGGCCCUUUGUUGCCCACUGGUUAAUCCAUUUAUAUCUGCAAAGGAAGAGGAGGAAGCCUACCUGAGCCCGACCUGCAAGAAGCUUGUGAAGACUAGCCUGGGACAUCCUUGUGAUGGUCCCUUGGAGGAAGCGGUGUCCUCUUUGCUAUAGUAAAUUCCUUGCACUAUGUGAAUGAUAACAAAAUAAGGACUAAUUUUACUAAAGCUUGAAUCCAGAAACUACUAUAAGCUGGAAGUAGCAUUAACGUGUUCUUUUAUCACAGUUGAAUGGAAACUAAAUUAUUUUUAAACUUAUUGAAAGCAUGUAAUAGAUUAUACAGAAUAUAUACCGAUAGAAGGGUACAAGGAGGUUAGCAGGUCCGAGUUGUGAUUUUACCAAAAUAAAAUCGGACUGUAAUGAAUAAGAAACUGGAAUUUCUUUUCAGAAUAUUUACUUUAGUAAUAAAAGUUUACA